AUGGAGCUCACGGUUUUGGCGUUGCUCAUAGUCGCGGCGGCUUACAAUCUUGCAGAAGGUGCGACGAGGAUUGGAUUCUACGACGGCUCGUGCCCUCGAGUGGAAGCCAUCGUUAAGUCCACAGUGAGAUCACACAUGAGCUCCAAUCCUAUGAUUGGAGCCGGCGUUCUUCGCUUGCAUUUCCACGACUGCUUUGUCCGAGGCUGUGAUGGCUCCAUUCUCAUCGACGGCCCGAGCGCGGAGAAAGCGGCGCUGGCCAACCUCGGCCUCCGGGGCUUCGAAGUUAUAGACGAUGCGAAGCGGCAGAUCGAGGCAGCGUGUCCGGGAGUUGUCUCGUGCGCCGACAUUCUUGCGCUCGCUGCCAGGGACGCGGUCUCAGAGAGUGGAGGACAGUUCUGGCCAGUUCCUCUGGGCCGACGGGACGGAAGAGUGUCCUCUGCCUCGGAUGCAUCAAACAUGCCCUCGCCACUCGACUCGGUCGCGGUGCUCAAGCAAAAGUUCUCGGCCAAAGGACUCACAACUCUGGAUCUCGCAACUCUCAGUGGUGCUCACACGAUCGGCCAGACCGACUGCCGCUUUUUCAGCUACCGCCUCUACAACUUCUCGUCCACCGGCAAGCCGGAUCCAUCCAUGAGCCAGAGCACUCUCGCUAUGCUCCAGCAGCAGUGUCCCAGGGGUGACGCGGGGCUCAACAAGGUGGCGCUCGACACGGGCAGCCAGGGCUCGUUCGACAGCAGCUACUUCCAGAACUUGCGGAAUGGUGGCGGGGUGCUGGAGUCGGACCAGCGCCUCAUGGACGACACGGGGGCGCGCAUCACGGUGACGGCGUUUGGGGUGGCCGGGGUGACGUUCCGGGCGGGGUUCGUGGCGUCCAUGCUCCGGAUGAGCGACAUACAGGUGCUCACUGGGAGCGAUGGAGAGAUUAGAAGAGCUUGCAAUGCAGUGAAUUGAAUGGAAAAAUCUGGCAAA